AUGGUCCGUUGUUUGGUUGUGGUUUCUCUAGUGCUGGUGGCGUCGCUGGUCGACACCGGACUGUCCGCAUCGAUCUGGAACCGCAUCGUUGGCGGCCAGUAUGCGGAAGACACCCAAAUACCGUACCAGAUUGCACUCUUCUACAACGGUGACUUCCGGUGCGGUGGCUCGAUUAUUGGCGCUCGGCUCGUCCUGACGGCGGCCCACUGCGUGGUAAACGGAGAUACGGUCCUCGAUGCCAAGCGGUUUGCCGUACACGCCGGGUCAGCAAACUUGGUGUUCGGCGGCAGUCUGUUCGAGGUCGAAGCGGUGCACGCACACGAGUUCUACGGAUCGCCCCAGAACGAUAUCGCCGUGCUAGAGAUGAAAGAGCCGUUCCAGUAUAGCAAGUACAUCCAACCAAUCGAGCUGAUGGAGGAAGAGGUGCCGCUUGGCAGUGAAGUGGUGAUUUCGGGAUACGGACGCGUUGCCAGUGGACAGCAAGCAUCGCCAGAUCUGCUGUACACCUCGAUGUUUGUGGUGAACGACGAAAACUGCCACAGCGUAAGUCCCGGUCUGCUUUGCAUCGACAAGGAGGGCAGCUAUGGUGCGUGCAACGGUGACUCUGGUGGUCCGGCUGUGUACGAUGGAAAGCUGGUCGGUGUGGCCAAUUUUAUCCUUGACUACUGUGGUGGCGACUAUGCCGAUGGUUACGCAAAGGUGUCAUACUAUCUUGACUGGAUUCGUAAAUUCAUGAAGUAA